AAAAGUAAAUAGAAAUGCAGUUAUCCGGGAUGUAAACAAGUCGAAUUCACCCCACACGUCCCGCUACACUCCCAGUUCGGCGGGGGUAACAAUAUCUACACCUUUAACCGGAAUCUGCAAUUUGAAAUCUUUUGUUGAAAUGAAAUCGAUGGCAUUAAGUCGUUAACUCAUAAAACGUCCAUCAAAUGGUGUGUAAGUGUGUGGCCGAUUGUCUGUAACAUUCAGUGACAUUGAACAAUAGGUUCAGGAUCCAAGCAGACGAGAGAGGAUAGAGCGCGGGAUUCCCUGUGUGGCAGUAACUGAAGCUGAGUCAAACGAGAGCUGACGUUAGCGUGCACUCUCCCGCACGCCGCGGUUUAUAGUAUUUUGCAACAUGGACUUAUAGACUGACACAGAACGAGAUGACACUCAGUUUCCUCCAUGUAUUAUUAUUUUGCGUGGUAUUCUUUGGAGAAAUAUUUUUUGUAGCUUUCUGUGCAGCUAGUCAGCAGUGUUUAGACUAUUGUAAUUCUAAAGAGAUAAAUUCUGGCCCAGACGUUAAUGAUUUGUAUUGUAACCAUGAGUGCAAAGUGAAACAGUGUCAGUGGGGAUGUGAGCACUAUGAAGUAGGACCAGAUUCUACGUGUCAGGCCACCUGUGGUCACGGAUGGAUGAAUCAGGGAAACAGCACUGGUAAAGCCAGGAGUCUGCAACAAGAAGAGAACCAGUAUUGCAGUAAUGGAUGCUUGCAAGCACUUCAGACAUAUGCUGAACAAAUUCGAGCCCAGUUACCUCCCCUGCCGGUGCCGGAGCUGAAGAAUGGGAUGAAGAGUCACUCCUCUGUGGUCCUUCACUGGAACUCGCGCCGACUGACCAAUGUCACCUACUAUGUCCAAGCCCGCAUGCCAGACACCGGCACCCCCUGGGAAAUUACCAUGGCAACCUGGCUUGGGGAUGGAGACAUUAAUGUCACAGAUCUUAGACCAUUUGUGACCUAUAAGUUUCAAAUUUUGUUGGUGAUAACGCCCAGGGACUUCUUAUCCAGCAACGAAUCGGAACCAAUCACUACGGAACCAUAUGGAGCUCCCUCCGUGGCACCCCAGAUUUCUGACGUUUCCUCGCCCACGCCAACCGUUAUCUCUGUAACAUGGAAACCACCCAUGUACACCAAUGGGCAGUUGCUAGGAUACUAUCUAACCCUGACCCCUCUCAGCCCCCAGAGCAAGGACAAGAAGCUGACCAUCAGAGAGGUAGCCCCGGAUAUCACACAGUGGACGUUCAGACAAUUGAAGCCUGGUCAGGUGUACCUCGUCAAUGUGUCGGCGACCAAUUCUGUAGGGAAAGGGCCGGCGGGCUCGGUCAAUAUCACGACCCCAGGGCCGGGGAAUUUGUCUACUGAAGACAUGCCCUUCUUAAUUCUGGCCCAGGACAACAAGGUCGUGAAGCAAAACAUGAAGCUCCUUGUGACCUCUGACCCUGACACUCUUUUGACCUUGAACUCUUCUGACACAACAGUGAAAGGAAUAACUCUUGAUGUUGACAAACAGAUGGUGUAUUUGAGUGAUUCGACCAACACAAUUUUCUCCCUCAGUACGCUGGCCCAGGGUCAGUCUCAUACGAUCUUUUCUGACCUUCCAAAUCCAUCAGUGCUGACCUUGGACUGGCUCAGGGACAUCCUAUACGUCGUCUGCAAGCUGCAGAUUUACCAGUGUGACUUACAGACUGAUAACUGCUAUCCUGCAACAGAAAUCUUACCAGCUGAGCCUGCGGACAUCAAGGUGGACCCCAUCAAUGGAUUUCUAUUCUUUACGCUGAGUGCUGGUCAACAGGGACUGUACAGAAUUGACACAGGUGACAUCACAUCACCAUGUAACAUCACAUCACCAAGACUCGCCCCCUACACUUCCAUUGUCAAUGACAACUUCCUGACCUUCACCCUGGACUUCAACAACAUCCUGAUCUACUUCCCCGAUGAGUCCCACAAUUCCAUGCGGUCGUCAUCAUUAGAUGGCGGAGAUGUCACAGACAUCCGACGGACGAGGACAGUCCGCCCCGAGUUUCAGGGCAUGGUCGGUAUGGUGUAUUACGACGAACUGUUUUACUGGACGAAUGGGGAUAAAGUGAUGCAGGAAGAGUACAAUUCCGUACAAGACAAGUACUACCAUAAUCAGCUUCUGAUGUUUGCCGAUCAUUUCUCCGGACUCAACGUUUUACAGAGAAGUCUUCAACCCAAGCCAGUUCCUCACAGUUCGCCUCAGUCGCUGCAAGCUUUGUUUAGAACGAUGGAUGUGAUCAUAUCAUGGGAGCCACCAAAACGUCUUGCCUACCAAGGUAAGGGAGCCUGGAACUGCUGGUUGUAUGACGUCGUGUUACUAGGCCUGGACGGAAGACAGAGACAGCUGAUAUCAAACGUACGGAACAAAUCCAUUGUUGUGUCAAACCUUGAACCUAACACCACGUACCAGAUCAAGGUCAGAGCGAAGUCGGAGAUUGGGACUGGGCCGUGGUCGUUCUUGUUUACGGGAAGGACUCUGACUAAUGAUGCUAUGACAGCCAAGUUACUAAUGAUAAAGCCCAAUCAAUUUGGUGGUGGCAUUCUGAUGGAGACAGACAUGUUCGGAGAGCGGGGAUUGGAGAGAGCAAUCGUCAGAGGCAAAGUAAGGGACAUGACAUGGACUCCUACCACUGUGUACUUAGUGACUGAGACUGGACAACUCCUCUCAUAUAGGCCAGGGAACAUGGCAGCAGUCACAGAAUACAUUCCUAGUGUGGUCAGCGUGGCAUAUGAUUGGUUGGCUGGGAAAAUCUAUAUGUCGCUGCCUCCCAAUCCUGGAGUGAUUAAGCGAGCUGACCUCUCUGACCUUAGCAGACAGGAGUUUGUCAUUCAGGGACUGGCAAGUCACAUGACCAUAGACUCCAUCAAUGCUAGGCUGUACUGGGUGACAGAGAACAGUGUGGAAUCAUGUCUCCUCAAUGGAGAAGAUCAUAUCAAACACUUUUUUAUUCCAUACUUCUCAGGAAGCAGGGUCAUCAGUCUGACCUUGAACUUCGACCUUGGCAAGCUUUUGUGGUAUAUGAAGAGGUAUGAUCGUCAGGAGCUGUAUAUGAUGGAUUUGAUCCAAGGAGAGGAGACGGGUGGAUCUAAUCAAUAUCAGCUGAUUGGGACCGUCAAUAAUAUUACUAAUGACUCGGUAUUGCAGUAUCACUAUCACAGAAUAUUCUGGCAGAAUUCUGAGCAGCAGAUUAUUCUGGGAGAUCUGGAUGUCAAUCACACGUCGGUGGUCUCGGAGAGAGGGACGUCCAUCUUCCUCGUACAGCAUCCCUCCCUCCAUCCUUAUCCUGAGGGACUGAAUGAGUCCAGUCUGAAGGUGAUUCCCAACACUAUUGACCCGGACAAUAUCAUCUGCAGUGGACAGUGGUCAAAGUUUAACAUUUCCUGGACCUCGGCCACAGUCAACUAUGGAAAGGUCUUCUAUGAAGUGUCCAUCCAGGCAGACAGGGCUGUUAUAAUGAAAACUGACCAGACUUGGUAUGAGUUGGAAGGUUUUAGACCUUACAGUCUGCUGACAGUGAGGGUGACAGGUUACACAUACUGGGGGUAUGGGAAACCCUCCACAGCCAUCCUCUACUCCCCCAUGUCAGCACCCUCGAGGCCGCUCUCUCCUCGGGUGUUUGUCACCCAGAGCAAGGUGUCCAUGGGAUCGGAGAUCUGUAUGGGGGCAUUGUUCAGGUGGGCGUCACCCGAGCACAGCAAUGGAGUCAUCAACCAAUACAUUGUCACGUACUGGAACACGGGAUCCAAUCAGCUGAUUAAAAAAGUCCUGGCCCACACCACCAGACAUUUCUCACUGGACGAGUGUCUGAAGCUGAACUAUACCUACAACUUUCAGGUACAAGCUUGCACAAACGAAGGAUGUAGUGAACUAACGGAGAUCAAAACAGCCACGGCAGAGGCUGUCAAUCCAGUUCCCAGAAUCCUCCUGGCUAACGCCACCAACAUCCAGGUGAUGGACGUAGACAGCACUCACAAUGUCCACGUCAUAGUCACGGGCACGUCGCCCUUAGCUGUGACCUACUUACAGAUGUCCCAGGAUGAGAGAGUGUUCUGGGUGGACUACGGUGGGCGGUUAUGGCAAUUUUCUGCUGAAGGAAGGAAAAAGCUGCUGGAUUUGGAUGUGGCUGUAAAGGAUUUGACUAUCGACUGGAUCAGCAGGACGUUGUACAUCGCCUCCAGCACAAAGUUAACAAACACCAGUACCAUCACAUCCUACCAGCUGGAUGAGGGCAUCCAGAAAGUCCAGGUGGAGAGGAGAAAUGUAGUUAUCAGUAGCCUGAUCCGAGAGCCCUACUCCAGUACCCUGUUUUGGACUGAGCGGCCUGUUUCUGGUUCUCCUGGCGUUCUGUAUUACAAAGAGGAGGGAGGACGCCCCCUCCCCAUGUUCUCUCCCCGACACCAGAGGUCUGUGGAGACCCCCUGUAACUGCUCCACGCAGGCUGUAGGGAACGUGUUGGCCCUGGACCACACCAAGGGGACACAACUGGAGAUCUUGUUUUAUGAUGCGUUGACGCGGACUGUUGUCUCGUCUGACAGAGAAGGAUGUCACUGCCGAGACGUUAUAAAGGAUGAACAAGGAUUUCCACCAGAUUUGUUGUCUGUGGACCAUAUGUUGAUUUAUUGGUAUCGCCAUGGAGAAAACCAGCUUCAUUCCAUGGACAAGGUCACCGGAAAAUUGACCCAGAUUCCAGUGGUCAGUAUCCAGAGUUUGGAGGGAUAUGGGUCACACCUGCAGCCUCUGCCCAGUGACGAGUGCCUGAACCCCGAGGCCUAUAACGGUAACCUGAGUCUAACAAGGAGUAGCAAUGUCUCCCUGACUGUUCACUUAGAUAGUGUCCAGUGGCCAGACUCCUGUAAUGGGGUAUCCCACCCAGCCACCAAAUACAUCGUCUACUACAGACAGACUGACAGACAGGGAGAUAGGUGUCAUGUAGACAGUCAAGACUGCCAGCACUCUGAGAGCUACGGUAAUGAGAUAACACUGACAGGAUUAAAUCCCUACACCUCCUACACAGUACAUGGAUCAGUCAGUAAUUACUACACAGAGUACCUGUCUGAAGCCCUCAGUCAGCCCUUUUACUUCCGGACAAAGGUUGGGGUGCCGUCUUCGCCUACAAACGUCAAUGCCACAGUGGACACGCCCAUCACGAUCAAAGUGUCGUGGUCAGCUCCGGUCAGUCCUAACGGCCCAAUCGAGGAGCUGAAGUACAUGGUGAAGUACUCCACACAGAUUAACAGCGUGCACCAGGUGUUCAACAAAACGGUCAAGGUGGAACCGGACAUGGACCGGAGAUACGUUUAUAACCUGACGGGGCUACAGCCAGGACGCAGCUACAUAAUAAAGGUGAUGUCUGGUAACCCAGACAGUGUCUUCUCUGAUGAAAGCCCGGCUCUUCAGGUGAAGACAUAUGAAAACCCCGGCCCCAUCGUGUUGUUGAAUGCCACGCAAAGCUCAAUGAGCGUCUCAUGGACCCCACCCCCUGAUAACAGCACACACAUGCAUCUGUUUUAUUAUGGAAAGGUUUCGGACCAAAGAGUGGACAAUUGGCGGCAGUAUGGGAAAGGCGUUCCCUGGAGAACAGAAGUUUCUAAAACCUACAUCAGGACCUUCACAAACUUAGAACCUAACACCAAGUACGCAAUCAUCAUCAAACUGGGUUAUAGAGGCUCCAGAGAUCCCCAAUUCUUCUGGCCCACGGAUAAUUUAAAAUUCGUGUUUAAGACCAAAGCUGAUGUACCAGGGACUCCCACCGUACCAACCGUAAACAAGCUCAGUCCCGGAUACCAAGUGGAGUGGCUGUCACCGAGGGACAACGGGGAACCUAUUCUUAACUACACAUUACAAUACUGUGAUGAAGAAGGCUGUGCUUCGGUGUACGAGGGAAAUCUAACGCGGUGGAUGAUGGACACGACACGAAUCCCCCAAAGUCAAGAUGUAUACUUCCGAGUCUCUGCCAUGAACAUUCUGGGUCAGGGACCGUACAGCGCUAACAGUACAGCAUUCAAUUAUAUUGAUGACCCGCCUCCUAUUAACAACAUGACUGUUCUAGCGAUCGUUUUAUCCAUUGUCUUUGUGUUCAUUUUUGGAGCCAUCGUUAUUGUGUACUGCUUAAUUAGACGACAACAGCAAUUAAAACAGAAACCUGUCCAGAAACACUUCAUUGCGGUGUCCCGGGGGCCGGACAUGGAGCUGGCCACUCUCCGCGACCUACCAACCACCACCGUCCAGCAAAACAACACACUGUACACAAUCAACCUCAUACCAACAGACGGUGACAUCGCGGCCUUGCCCCACUUUCGACGGGACCAGUUGAUGCUGACCAAGUUCCUGGGCAGUGGUGCAUUUGGAGAGGUGUUUGAGGGUGUGGCUAAAAAUAUCUUGGACGACAAUUCAGGAAAAACUAAAGUGGCUGUCAAAACCCUACGUAAGAGUGCCUCCGAUCAGGAGAAGGAGGAGUUCCUGAAGGAGGCCCUUCUGAUGAGCAACUUUAAACAUGACCACAUCCUAAGUCUGCUGGGGGUCUGUCUGGAUAAUGACCCACAGUUUAUCAUCCUGGAGCUGAUGGAAGGAGGGGAUCUGUUGUCAUUCCUCAGGGCCAAUCGCCCCUCAGCAAUGAAUUCCGUGUAUCUGAGUCUCGCUGAUCUUAUGAAGAUCUGUGUUCACGUUUCCCGGGGAUGUACAUACUUGGAGGAAAUGCAUUUUGUACACAGAGAUUUAGCAGCAAGAAAUUGCCUAGUGUCUUCAAAAAAUCCACGAGAUAUGGUUGUGAAAAUUGGAGAUUUUGGCUUGGCCAGAGAUAUAUAUAAAAAUGACUAUUAUAGAAAGGAAGGGGAGGGCCUACUUCCUGUUAGAUGGAUGUCCCCAGAAUCCUUAGUUGACGGAGUCUUCACGACGCAAUCAGAUAUUUGGGCCUUUGGAGUGUUGAGUUGGGAGGUUCUGACCUUUGGUCAGCAGCCAUACCAGGCCAGGACCAACAUAGAGGUUCUACAUUUUGUGAGAUCAGGUGGUCAGCUGGAUCAACCAGAGAACUGUCCACAGGACAUAUUUGAGUUGAUGAGGAAGUGUUGGAGUUGUACUCCGGAGGAUCGGCCUUCAUUCUCCACAAUUCUGAAGCAGCUGGAGGAAUUUCACGAGAACUGUGCCGUCCUACUGACCGAUUACAUCAUACCAGUCAGAUCAAGGUCACCAAACCCGGACGGUAAUAGAUGGCGUAACUCUUACCUGUAUGGCCAUUUCGCUCCGCCUGACCCUCGCUUUAAUGGUGCCGUAAAUCUGAGUGAAGGCUUCUUAGGUGAACAGAUAAUUGCUUAUCUCCAUGACAAACGGCGUCACGAGUGGCUGGACUCUGGACUAUACUCUCGCAUGGAUGUGGAGCAUGAUUACGUAGAUGUGAAUGUUGUAGAUCCGGAUGAAUCCAGUUUGACUUAUAACCCUGUCUUUAACAUUAAGAAGGAACUCCCAGAAAUCACAACAGCUGGCGUAGUCGAGGGGAAGUCCACCCGUCCUCCGUUAACAAGGUCACGAGGGACGAAAGUGCUUGGUUGCGACCCCGAGACACGAGCAAAGCGGAAAAAACGGCCGAAUCUGAAGAUCUCAUUACCUUCACCUGAAAAUUACCAUCAGACCAUUGAAGGGCAGUACAGAAAAAUCCACAGGGCCACGUCAUUCGAUUCCCCAGAACCUCGGGAGACAGAAGUCAACGAGGAAUUACUGGAUUAUCUGAAUCCCAAACUAAACGGGUCGCCCUCCUAUCUCCAGCUAAUCAGUGACCCAAGUGACCCCCCUCCGCAUGCUGUCCAUUCCAAGUCACGUUUAUCAUCCCACAACAGUCGUCAUGCUUCAUUGAACAGUCGCCAUAACUCACAGAGCAGCCAAUCAAAUAUCAGGAAACCGCGCAGCGAGUCCCAGAGUAGUCGGCAUAGUUCGGCAUCUACGGACAUUUAUUCCAGCCCUGUGGGAUCGAACUUAAACCUCGAUCUACCGUCCGUUUACAAUGGCAGGAACAACUGUGAGUACGAACAAAUUCAUUCCAUGGAAUCAAUCGGUGGGAAAUACGCCUCGUACAUGAUGACUUCUCCCAGCAUUCCAGAGGAUGAUGAUGACGCGUUCCCCGAGGGGUACGAUUACGUCGAUUAUUCACAUCCAAAAGUUCCUAAAAAUGCAGCUUACUCCGUUAUUCGGGGAACUCUUCAGUGUUUGAGGAAUGGCUAUUCUAAGCAGGGCUAUAGUGCAAUGGACGUCAAUUCUAACAACCAUUUAAAUAUACUGAACAAUAACCUUUCCAGCAUGGACCAGGAGGUGGACAACAUUCCUGGAGGGAGGUCACUAGGGCAAGCUUGUCCGGUGCAUAACGCGAUGUUUGAUGCUAAUGAAUUAAUUCAGGCGAGCCUUGUGUGAACUUCCUGUCUCUGCUCUCAUUUAAAUCUCGUACCAAUGUUCAUUGUUGACUUUACAGGUAUUUUAUUUUUGUCUUGCUACAUGUGAGAUUUUAGAUUGUUUAUAUUGAUUUUGUUGUAGUAUAUUACAUGUAAAAUUGGUAUUUAGGAAAUGAAAUACCCGAGCUCUGCAUGGUACUAAUGGUGCAGUGUUGUGUAAGAAAAUAUUUUGUUUUUGCAGCAGGUGAAGCAUACCUGCCAUACGUCCAGCCAGACCACAACAUGUCCUGUUAAAUCAGCCUUCUUUUUUAUAUCUCAAUGGGACAAUUAAACUCCUUGAAAUGCUAAUUUCAAAUGUACCACCAUUCUUCCAAAACUAGACUGAACAGCUGAUUGACAAUAACAAAGAUAUUUUCAUGCCCCUGUAAUCGGAAAUUCUGUGGCAUAUAGUUUUUGGUCUGUCUGUUUGUCCACAAAACCUUUUAACCUUGGCCAUCACCUGUGAAUGAAUAGUGAUAGGGCUUUUGUAUUUUCUUCUAUGUAUUCCUUGUGACAAGACCUUUCUUUAGGUAGCAAAAUUUUUAGACCUUUUGACCUUGGAGUUUGACCUACUUUUGAAAAACUCAAACCUUGGUCAUAAGUUUUAAAUGGUUAAUUAUAGGGCUUUCAUAUUUCAAACGUGUAUUCCUUGUGACAAUCUAAGACCUUUCUUUGGGUACCGGAAUUACUUUGCUGUCAUACAGGAGCAUCAGUGGUUUACAAACAAUCUUGUUUUAUCAUGAUUACCGCUGAGGUAGUUAUUUAUUAAGUAGAACAUUGUGAAGUUUAGGAGGGAAGAUGAAACAGAUCAGUCAUUCAUACAAAACUACAGGUAAAAUAAGCAAAUGUGCAUGCAUACAGGAACAAACUAUACACAUGUGCAAACUCUGCAACAUACAUGCACAGUACAUGUAAAUAAAAUCACUGUCCACUGAUCUCUUUAAUAUACGUGUCAUUUCCAGUACCAAGCAGACUACUAACAGAACAGUCAAAUUUCGAGUUGCAAAUUUGGAUGACUUUUUUUAUUUAUCAUAAAUUAAUACACAAAUUUAAGUUUUUUAAAAAAAAUUCCUAUGUGUCAUCAUUUAAAUUAGAGGUUGAAUAUAUCAUUUUUCAUACGUACCUUAAAUUCUAAUUGUCCCUGAACAUUGGUUUGCAGGGGGCAGAUUUUGUAUUCAUGGGUGCACACACCCCACCCUUGAAAUUUUUUCCAUAGAAAUAUGUCCCCAGACACUAAAAUAUAUAUCAUACUUACAUGUAUAUUGUCAGAACUCGGUAGUUCGGGAGGGGGGGGGGAUGCCUCACCCUGGGGCCUUAAGACAGCCCCCAGACACACACAUGCACCACCUCGUUCAGAAAUUUCUGCUUCCGCCCCUGAUUUGAUUGAUAUGUCUUUAGAUGCAUUAAUUGUCCCCUUGAAAAAUGGCAAAAUGUAUGGCAGGUACUGUGAUACAAAACAUAUUGUUUAAUGUGCAGAGGAAAUAUUCGGGUAUUCACAGUUAGUGACCUAGUUGUUGAAGUGCUCAGUCUCGAGAUGAAGAAAAAUAAUUUUUCUGGUAAAAAUAGUAAUCUUCAUAGUGACUUGUGUUGAAUCGCAUUGUUAUCAUAACAGUUGGUGUCUUAAAAUAGUAACAUUACAGCAUAGGAAGGCCUUGUACAUUGUAAGAAAUCGGAAGUGUUUGAACAAAAGAUGUUUGAUGUCACUUUCUGUAAGUUCUAUAAAUAGUAACAUACAGAACAUUGUACCUGUGUUUAAUUUCAAUCCUCUGGUGUAAGGAUAUACAAUGUAAUAUAGGAAAUGUAAUGACUCAUUCAUAAUUUUGAAAUAGAAAUGUAGAAUAAUAUAGUGCAUUAUCAUUGCUUCACAGAAGGGCAAAACAUUAUUUGAAAUUACAGUGAAAUGCAUGUAUCAGACAGAAACAUUUACCCUUAUACUGUGUUAUAGAAACUACAAAUGAUGCAUUCAAAUUACCCUGAAACAUUUACCCUUGUACUGUACAUGUUAUAUAAACUACAAAAUUAAUGAUGCAUUCAAAUUACCCGGAAACAUUUACCUUUAUACUGUGUUGUAGAAACUAUGAAUGAUGCAUUCAAAUUACCCUGCAAACUGAAGACAUUUCACAGUGAUAGCCUGUUAUUAUAUGAUGACAUGUUUUUUUAUUACGUUAGGGUUUUGAGUAAUUUAAGCUAUUCGCAUGCACUGAGGUUUCUCCUUUCAAACUUUUCCCCGAGUAGUAAGCAGGUCACAGCAUGUCAUACAUGUAACCUGUGUUUGACACUGAGAGCAUUAAACAAGCUUACAAGAAACUGUCAGACUCCCCAGAAGAAUUUAAUGUUAAACGGGUGGUUUCUUUAAGGUAUUCCAUGUAUAAUGAAAGGAUAAUGAACAAUUUUGAAGGAUUUAGAUCAACAUAAAUGUUUAUUAUUAAAUAAUGAUGAAAGUGAAGCAGAUGAAAUUCACAUGACUGGUAAGUGAUUAGAAGCUGACCUUUUUGCACUAAAGACUUUUUUGGAAGAGUUGUCUGUCCUUUGUAAAAAUAAGAAAAAUCUAAUUUUCUAAAAAUGUGUGUGGUCAAUGAUUAAUUUUAUUUCAUAUUUUCACUAAGAGAAAGCGUUUGUAACUUUCUACCAAAAGAUUUGUAUGAAAAUAUAAUUUCUUUUUCAAAUAUUGUAAUAAAACAUGCUUUUUCCAUAUACUUCAAUGUUAAAUUCUAGGUGAAAUAAAUCAAGCAGUAAACAAUUUUUUUAAAAUUCCUAUGGUGGAUUAUUUUUAUUUGAUGAACCCUUCAAAAUGAUACCAUGAUUACAAAAAUUCCACCAUCCAUUUAUUAGAUAUGAAAUAUGGUCAUUAUACAUUGAAUACCUUAAGCCAUGUCAUUGGCAUUCUGAGAAUUGCUUGCCUUCACUUUCUUGUGAUCAUGACCAACACAUACACUUGCAUGUAAUCAAAAGCAUAUCAAGUUGUGGUAUUUUUUGAAAUUCAUUCCUUGAAAAUAUGGAGGCAAGUAUCUUUAAAAAGAAUUUUUUUGUUUCCUCAGUUGAAGACAUAAUCCAUUCACAUCAGUAAUCGCUCAAUCGCAGUACAAAUGUAAUUCAGGAGUUUAUCAGUUUCACGUACAAACAAACAAAUUAAUGAAUGCAUUGGACUCUGAGAUUUGAUUUUGUGUUUAUAUAGUGUUAAUGGAUGUUUGAAGGAAAUAAACAAUUGUUUGCAGACAGAAUUAAAACUGUACAUGAAUGGAAUUGUUACUAAUUGUUAUAUUGUCAAUAAAGAACUAGAUUUGU